AAGAGGCAGCGUGGAAGGCUUUUAGUCUGCCGUCGGGCUGGGAACGCACAAUAGGCUUGCAUAAUUGCGCGUAAUUUGCUAACAAAUCGGAGUAAAUGUUUGCCUGUCUGCUUAGCACUUUUGUAUUCGGCACUGAGACGUGAUCCACAGAGGCUCGAUUCAUUCAUCGAGCGCGCAGUGAUACUUCAUCCAAGUGCGGGGGAGUGAUUAGAAUAUCAAGUGGCGAAGAGUGUGGUGAAUUAUGGCAGAAAUAUCAUAUGAAAUGAUCAAGCCAGAAGAUGCGGAUGAAGUCGUGGCAUUUAUAAGGCGUCACUUCUUUGAGGAUGAACCGCUGAAUAGAUCUCUGAAGCUGGGAGAGUGCAAAGAACUGGAGAUCUUCUCCACAGAAUCUCUGCCUGAGCACAUUUCCUUCAAGGCUGUGCGAAACGGAGAGAUUCUAGGUGUGAUGAUCAAUGGUGUGGUGCACAAGAACUCAGAUGCUCCGCACGCAGAUUUCAGUGGUCAUGAGAAGUUCCAGAAGAUUAUCACUAUGUCCGAAGGCCUUGAGCAUCAGUGUGAUAUUUUCGGACGCUUUCCCGAACUGCAAUCUUACGUCGAUGGCAGGAUUAUGUGCGUGGCGAACUCUGCUCGUGGCUUAGGGAUCGCCGGUCGUCUUGUCGAGGAGACUCUGAAGCACAUGAUCAGCGAGAAUCUGUCUCUAAUCUACAUCCAAUGCUCAAGUCUCUACUCAGCGCGAGUUCUUGAGAAGCUGAACUUCAGCGAAAUUCUCACGCUCAAGUACGAAGACUACAAAAUAGACGGUCAGCAAGUCUUCAGCCCGGAAAAACCUCAUGAAAGUGUAAAAAUAUUUAUAAAACGACUAUAAAAUAUUUCCUUUGCGUGGAAAUUUAACGACUAUAUAACUUAAGUUAAUAAAAUUUUGCACAUGGGAAA